CCCAAUCUAGUAGUAACACAUUCCCCUCACCCUCGACUAGUGCUUCAUGCGAGUGAAUGUGAAUGCGAGGGUUGACUCACCCCCACUUCAACCCACAGACAGACCUGUGAAAAGGAACACUCACUCUGCUCUCCCUGAAUUCCCUUCCUCAUCCUCCUCCACCCCUCUCCUCUCUCAUCAUCUCCUUUCCACCCUCUUAUCCUCGUCUCGCCGUCCCUCUUGCAACACAUCCAUCUCUCCUCGUUGUAACCCGCUCCAACUCUAUCCACACUCAAGUUAAAGAGAACCCAUAACCACUUUUACCGUCAAAAUGCCAAUGGCCUGGAACGAGACGGCCGACGCCAAGCUGCUCGUUGGCAUUUUGACCACCACCAACGUCAAGCUGGACAUGCACGCCUUGGCCAACUACAUGGGACCCGGUUGCACCGUCAGUGCCGUGCAGCACCGCAUCCAGCGCCUCAAAGAAAAGGUCGUUGCUGCUGCCACCGACUCCGCCCCUGGCUCUCUGGGUGAUGGAGCUGCCACCAUGACUGCCGGUCCUGUAGCCACCCCGGAGAAGCGCAAGCGAGGCCGGCCCAAGAAGACAACGACUGUCGAUUCCGCUGAGGGCGAUGAGGGUGCUGUAGCCUCUACUUCUACCCCCAAGAAGACUCGGGCCAAGAAGGCUAAGAAAGCCGAGAUUACCGAAGCCGAGGACAGUUCUGAUGAGGUCGUGCCUGACGUGGCUAUUGCUGAGUCUCUGGCUGCUGCUUCUGCUGCUGAAGUCAAGAAGGAGCCUGUUGUUGAUGAGGAGGUCCAGACUGAGGUGCCCGUCAAGACCGAGGAGACCAAUGUGGCUGAUAUGGCUGGCUUGUCUGCUUGAUAUCAUCUCGCAAAUGGAAAUGGACAUGGGUUGGCCGGUUCAUUGGUCUGUUGAAACUUUGCCUGGUCUGGAUUGAUUGGGGUUUUUUUAUUAGCUGGAUACUUUAAGGUGGAUGGAUGGUUGGGGUUCGGUUCGGUUCGGUCUUGGGGAUGGUUUGUACCUUCGUGAAGAUCGUGUUUUUUCU